AAGGUGGUACCACUUGUGUGGGGAAGACCUCGCUUGAAAAACUGCAGCCUAAGGAAGAUUUGAAUGAAAAAGAUGGACCUGCGGAUGAGAUUCUGGUGAAGACUGAGCCAGGAGGAGAGGGUCAACAGGAAGAGCGGACUACAGGGAUAAAAGACAAGGAAGCAUCAUGCAGCAGUGUUUUCUUUCCAGGGAAACCAUAUUUAGAGUCAGACGUCAGAGAGGAUAUGAUUUUACAGCUCAGACAGCAACAACGUUAUCGGCAGUCAGACGCGCUCAGGAGAACAAGCGACGGCACAGUAAAGUCAAAUCCAGACCCUCAAAGUGUAUUGGGUUCUGACCCAAAUUAUAAUACGGCAAGGAGAGCGAGCAACAAAAUAUUUUGCCAGGUUAAGAAACACUUCAUUUGCACACUGUGUGGAAAGAGUUUUGAACGUUACGGUCAUCUUGAAAGGCAUCUACGAAUUCAUACGGGUGAGAAACCGUACAGCUGUGACAUAUGUGGAAGGUGUUUCAACCAGAAGGGUAGCCUCAAAGGGCAUCUGAAGACUCACAGAGUAUCGAUGGAUGGACUAGCUAACAACGAAGAGAAGCCUCCCCUGGAUAGACGUCAGUCUGAGGAAGAGCAGUUGAACGGAAAGGACGAAGUGUUCCAAACUGCUCCUCAGAUGCCUAUGAAGUCUGAGCCAGGGGAGGAGAAGGAUGCAUUCCAGACACUAGAUCCUAAAGCAGAAGAACAGACUGCAGGGAGAGCAGAACAGCAACUGGAUGAGGAAUUGUCAAUGUACGAGAGAGACAGCCAGCCGUGGAUGUCCGGUCCGCAAGCAGACAACGAUAUGGAGACGAGCAAUUCAGAAUAUUUCAGCAGUUCAGGUCAGAACUCCCAGUGUCUCACUGAUCACUCUCCUGUACUUCCUGUCCCAGGAAUGGUGGAGGCGUCAUGCAGCAGUGCUUCAUCUCCAGGGAAACCAUAUGUAGAUGUCAGCGAGGAUAUGAUUUUACAGCUCAGGCAGAAACAUUAUGGAUCUUCAGACACACUCUUGAUAGCAAGUGACGGUACAGUACAGCCAAACUCACAGGUCAUGGAUGCGGCUUCUCUGAACCAUCCUCCCAUCUUCUCCAGUUUUCCGGAAAGGAAAGUGAAAACCUUCCAAGGAGUCACCAAGGACAAGAAGUGCUUCAUCUGCUCAUUCUGUGGGAAAGUUUUUGAGCGUGUUGGUCAUCUAGAAAGGCACCAGCGAAUUCAUACGGGUGAGAAACCGUAUAGUUGUGACAUAUGUGGAAGGUGUUUCAACCAGAAGAGUAGCCUCAAAGGGCAUCUGAAAACUCACAGAGACGAUGCUGACAUGCUAACGGGACAACCGCCGCUUGAUGAUAAGAAGCCUGACGUUUAUCCUAGACCCUCGGAGAACCCAGAGGAACCGAGGGAUCAGCCCUCACCUGCUGAAGCACAGCCUAGCUCAGGGUACAGUGAGGAGGGCAGGGGGCAGGGGUUGGUGGGGGAAGCAGAGAAAGAGAAGCAGUUUGAAUCCCAGAUACUCAGUCAGUCAGGACCUCCACACCAACAAAGCACAGAGCGACCAGGUUACCAGGACGACCCAGAGUAUGUCAUGGAUGAGAGGGAGAGUCAGCUGUGUAGAUCUUUCACAGAGAGGCACAGUGAUACUGAGUCUGGAUCACUACAUCCAGGUUGCUCCUCCGAUGUGACAAAGCAGCAGAACUCCCAUCCUGUUUCACCCAGUGUCAAAUACCAUCACAGUCCUUUUGAUGGACUGCACCACCACCAUGGGUUCUAUACGUCAGCUUCUAGAGAGGUGGAACUGGGAGACGUGUCUUUUCAGGAAGAGAAAGACAAGUUGGAUGUGAUUGAGCAAGAGCAGUAUGCAGGGAUGGUUCUACAUGCAAGGAACAGGGAGGAUGGUGAUGGGACAAUACUACCCAGGUUUCAGAACCGGGUACCACCGCCACAACUACCUGUAGAGGAGGAAACGGCAAUGAGCGCUUACAUCACAGAACCAAACUACAGUCAAGAGGGGAUUUUAUUUGCCCUUGGCAUAGACAGUUUUGACAGUACAGAGGGCAGCAGUGCCACUACAGACGACACAAGAAAUAGAUGUUUCAUAUGCUCCUUUUGUGGAAAGAGUUUUGAUCGCCAUAGUCAUUUUGAAAGACACCUGCACACUCAUACUGGUGAGAAGCCCUACAGCUGUGAGAUAUGUGGUAAGACUUUCACUCAGAAGAGCAGCCUGAAAGCUCAUCAGAGACUUCAUACAGGUUAAUCAAGGGCCAAAGAGUCUUAGGGUGUGUUCCGAAUGGCACCCUAUUCCUUAUUUAGUGCACUACUUUUUAGGGUAUGAAUUGCCAUUUGGGGCACACUGUCGGGACACAGUGACACACCUUGCUGAAAUUUGUUUCCGCCUCAUCAAAACUCAAUCAACACCAGUUAAUAAGUAUGGGACAUUUGGCUGCUAUUGUUAACACGUUGAUGGUGUUGCAACAGUUUAGAAGUCCAACUAAAUUGUGUUGAUAAGAUGUCUUGUUUGUUUGAUAUGGUCGUUUUUACUUUUUAAUUAUAUAUAUUUUUUACCUUUUUUAAUUGAGAAUCAAUUCUCAUUUACAAUAGCGAUAUUCAAAUGUUGGUGUUAUGUAAAAAGGAACAGUUGAGUAGUUUUAUGUCAUCAGGUAUCUCUCCAAUAAUCUCAUCAGGUAUCUCUCCAAUAAUCUCAUCAGGUAUCUCUCCAAUAAUGUAAAAGGGUUUUUAAGAAAAACUUUCCUGCAUCAACCUUAUGGAUCAUUGAUCCAAUUUAACAUGUAGGCUACAUAUCCAUUUUUGUGUGUGUGAAGACCUUGAUGGUAGGGUUGCGUCUAUAACCCUUGACCAUGACUCUGUUGCAUUACAUUACACAUAAGUCAUUGGACGUAAGCAUCUUCUUUUUGGGGGAGUUUUAAGAGCCCAGACAUUCGGUCUGAACAUUACCACGCGUCGCUUGUGGUAUGGUUUAGGGUUAGUGUUUCCACAAGGCUGAUUUAGCCAUCUCCUAACACCUGUGUGUAAAUGGAUGCCACCACAAACACAGAAAAAUACUGUCUUCUGCAACUGUGUUAAUACAGUACGUUUCUAUUUGUGAAAUUAUUUUUUUGAUGUAACAUUAAAGUAGAGGGAUUUAUGUAUCUAGAACCAACUGCUGGAAUUGAGAAUAGAUUCACGUUUAGAUGGUGUUUUUGGCUGUUUUGGCUUCCAGACCCAAUUCGCCUCUAAACAGAACAUUUCAGGUCCUUGGACAAUAAGGAGUAACGUUAGGCUCCUUUAGUUCAUUAUUGGGCUAGGUUGCUUACUACUCAAUGAGUAGAGUAGUUCAAAUGAUUUAGUUUUUUUACUCCAGCUAUCCUAACCCAGGAAAAUCAACCAAAUAAAUGUUUGCUUUGAUUUGUUUUUUGGGGUUUUUUGCUUGUGGAUUUUUGAAAUAAAUGUAAAAUUGUGAACG